UGGUAUGUUCCGUGUUGACGCGGGAUUUAGUUGAAUCAGUCAGAAUCGUGAAGUCGUAGUUUUCAUUUUCAGGAGUUGAUUAAAAUUGAGGAAGAUAAUGGAGCAGAAAUAUGAAGAAGAGAUCCAGAUGCUCCAGCAGGAAAUUGAAAUGCUGGAGGCUGAACAGGAGGAGACUUUACGGUCCAUUUUCAUAGAGCAUGGAGAUAGACUACAGCAUGAACUAAAGUCAGUGUUUGAGGAAAGAGGAGGAGCACAGAAACCCACUCUUUCAAAGCUGAUCACAGAAGUCAGAGAGCUGGAAAAAGACCUCAGACGUCAGACGGAAAUCAAUGGGAUUGCUCUGAAUGAGUGUUUUGUAAAGACAUUGCACAAAAGUGAAAGAAAACUUGUACAGCAGCUCAGACUUGCAGGUCACUGCAGUGUGCUUUUGUUCCAGGUUGAAUUUGCAGUGACUGAGAUUCAGGAUGAUGAUGCUCUGCUCAGGAGAGUUACAGAGGUCAAUAUCGUUGUGGAUGGUGUUGAAUUCAAAGAUUUCUCUGCAUUUGUGUCCAGAGUGGAGGACACAAAAGAUCUUCUUUUGUUCUUCAGGACCUUGAGGACGUUCUCUGAGAGAUGUGAGGAGAGGCGUCAAACGUUUCGGCACUUUCAGAUGACGCCAACAAGUCAAUCCCAAGUUCAGUCCCAUCCUUCCAAACUACCUGUCCUACAGAAACCACUUUUCGACAUCAAGUCCCUCCCUACAUACAUCUUUGAAAAUGCUGUCGCAUCAUGGAAGUAAAAUGGUUCUACCUCAUGCAUUUCUACACUUUCUGUUACGCACAUCUUAAGUUAUGAGAAUAGGACGUUCUUCUAGUUCUGUUUGGUUGUUGACUCAAUCAACAUAGCGUU